AUGGCUCCAAUUGCAUUCUCCGACAUCGCUAAACCAUCCAACGACAUUGUCUCUAAGGACUUCUUCCACCAAGCACCUUUCUCUGUUGACGUCAAAACCACUGCUCCAAAUGGUGUUCAAUUCACCACUAAGGCAAAAUCCACUGGUGACAAUGUCGCAGCUUCUCUUGAAUCCAAGUACUCUGACAAGUCUACCGGUUUGGCUCUCACCCAAGGUUGGGACACCAAGAAUGUCCUUUCCACCAAACUUGAAUUGGCAGAUGCAAUCACCCCAGGUCUCAAGACCGAGUUGGUCUCUGCCUUAGUUCCAGGUGUUUCCAAGUCUGUCAAGUUCAACACAUACUUUGCAACUGAUUCCAUCAAUGCAAGAGCAUUUGUUGAUUUACUCAAAGGCCCUGUUUUCAAUGCAGAUUUGACCUUUGGUCAAGAUGGUUUAACCACCGGUGGUGCCCUAACCUAUGACGUUAAGUCUGCUAAGUUGUCCAGUUACACUGCAGCUAUUGGAUACAAGGCUUCUGCUUAUGCCGUUGCUCUUGUUGCUUCCAACAACUUAUCUGUUUUCACUGCUGGUUACUACCACAGAGUUUGCCCUCAAUUAGAAGUUGGUACAAAGGCAACCUAUGAUUCCAAGUCAACCGCUUCCGGUAACCCAGUCGCUGUUGAAUUGGCUUCCAAGUACCAACUUGACCCUACCGCAUUUGUCAAGGCAAAGAUUGCAGACUCUGGUUUAGUCUCCCUUGCUUACCAACAAGACUUGAACAAGGGUGUCAAGUUAGGUUUCGGUACCGCUUUCGACGCACUCAAGUUUGGUGAAGCUGCUCACAAGCUAGGUGUUUCUUUGUCCUUCUCUGCUUAA